AGAGAAAAAAUUAACUAAAAAAAAACUCGAAAAGAAAACGAAAAAGAAAAACAACAAACGAUUAAAAGAAACGUACUACAACGUCUCCAACAGCCAGCCGGCUGCCUGAGAGAGACAGAGACAAGUCAGAGAAAGAGAGAGCGGAUGUGUGUGUGAGAGAGAGAGAGCGAGAGGUCAUAAGCUUUCCACAAACAAAACCCCAAAGGAAGAGUUGAGGAGCCAAAGGAGCCCAUCAAAAGAAAAACCAAAAACUACAUCAAACAUUAGAAACACAAUUUUGAUCUGUUUCUUGACAGAAAAAACAAAAGGCAAUUAUAUUGCUAUUUUUUGUGUUUGUUGUUGUUUUGGAGUGUAAAUUGCGACAGCAGCAGCAACAACAAAGAUAAAAAUGGCGCGCGGCUUUGAUCAUCUGUUCAAAUUGCUUAUAAUUGGCGACAGUGGUGUAGGCAAAUCCUCACUUUUGAUACGUUUCUCGGAUGACACCUUCUCGGGAAGCUAUAUAACCACAAUCGGUGUGGACUUUAAAAUUCGCACCGUUGUCAUUGAUGGGCUGCGUGUGAAAUUGCAAAUAUGGGAUACAGCUGGACAAGAACGUUUUCGCACCAUAACCAGCACAUAUUAUCGGGGCACUCAUGGCGUUAUUAUAGUCUAUGAUGUAACGAAUGGUGAUUCUUUUGCGAAUGUACGUCGUUGGCUGGAAGAGAUACAAAAUAAUUGCGAUGUGGUAAAUAAAGUAUUAGUCGGCAAUAAGAAUGAUGAUCCAGAUCGUAAGGUGGUUAUAACAGAGGAUGCGCAACGUUUUGCGAGACAAAUGGAUAUUGAACUGUAUGAGACAUCCGCCAAAGAUAAUAUCAAUGUGGAGGAUAUGUUUUUAUCGAUAACGCGGCAAGUGUUAAAUCACAAGCUGCGCACCGCCUCGAAUGAGCAGCAGAAGGAUACCAUCAAUUUGAAGCAUCAAAAGAAUAAGAGAUCAAAAAAGUGUUGCAGUUGAAACUGGGUAUGCAGUUGUCGCAGUCGCAAUUACAACCGGGAGCGGAGUCGACAAAAUGGAAAUGGGCGUUGUCGCUGUUGUCGCAUUGGGGGCGCGUAGUACAGGUUUAUGUGGGGUUUCUUGGAAUUCGAGCAGGUACACCAGCACACAAAACACUAGACAUAGACACACAUCCACACACACACACACACACACACACACACACACACACACACAUAUAUAAACACAUUUUAUAUAAUAUAUAUAUUUAUAUACAUAUAUAUAUAUAUAUAGAGAAUAUAUUUUUUUUGUUUUCUUCUGUUUUUAUUCGAAUUAAUGCCACAUAGCCGUAAAUAAAGUGUAAAGCGCAA